AUUGAACUUGAUAUCGUCAAAUGGGUCUGUUUGAUCAUUUUAAACAAUUUAUUGUGAAAUAUAAUAUCACUGAGAAAGAUUCAGUGUGGUGACCUUUAACUACGGAGAAAUACAAUUAGUGUUGUGAUCUCCACAAGAGAACUUCUGCAUUUCAUGAACGGUUUCGAAUACUUACGUUGAGUGUUAAAUAUUUCUGAGGUGUAUGUUGUGUUAUAAGACAUAAACGAGCAAAACUGUUCAUUUUUCUCAAUGACAGUACCAGAAGAUUCAAACUUCAAUCUCGUUUUUGGCAUUUAGUUCUACUUCAACUACCGCAACUGGAUUUUUCACUUAUUUUAUUAAUUUUAAAUAUAUUUAUGUUUGGGAGACAUCGAAAAUUAUUUUCUUCCAACAUGCACAUUCUUCCAUUAUUACUAAUCAUCUUUCUACGGUGUGCUGACUCAAAAUUUGAAUCUAAAGCGGAAUACCUAGCAAAACUUAUAGAAACAGAAAUUGAAAAAGCAAAUAACUUCGUUUUACCAACUGAUGCAAGGAUAUAUGAACCUACAUCCAACGACACUUCUAUAGAAGAUUUUGGUGAAUACGACUUCGUAAUAGUUGGUGCAGGACCGACAGGAACAGUAAUAGCUAACAGACUAUCGGAAGUGGAGUCCUGGAACAUACUACUCCUAGAAGCUGGAGCUUUUGGAAAUGAUUUCACCGAUAUCCCUGCAUAUGGAUCAACUGUGGCAUCGAGCUCAUUUAAUUGGGGCUACAUGAGUAUUCCUCAGAAGACAGCAUGUUUGGCUGGAAGAAAUCAAUCUUGUUCGCUCCCGAAAGGUCGAGGAGUAGGUGGAUCAUCACUACUAAAUGGCCUGGUGUACUCAAGAGGACAUCCUUUAGACUAUGACAAAUGGGCUGAGUUAGGUAAUCCAGGAUGGUCUUUCGAAGAAGUACUUCCAUAUUUCAAGAAAUCAGAGGACUUCCGUCACUCUGAUAAAGAAGCGCCGGUGGACUUUUCCUAUCAUGGCACUGGGGGAUACCACGCGGUUGAAUAUAACAUGCCUAGAAGCACGCAACUCAACGAAUUUCUAGAGGCAAACCGGGAACUUGGUUACAACAUAACAGACUAUAAUUCUCUUUGGGAAAUUGGGGCUAGCCCUACACAGUUGAACACUAAAAAUGGUAAACGGGCAGAUUGUGGUACUGCCUUCAUCAAACCAAUUUUGAGCAGGAAAAAUCUGGAGGUGAUGACUAAUAGUUAUGCUACAAAAUUACAUUUCGAGGGAAACAAAUGUGUGGGGGUUUAUUUUUCCCAUAACAAAAAAAUAUAUGAGGCAAGAGUUCGGAAAGAAGCAAUACUUUCCGCUGGGGCGCUUGGAUCACCGCAGCUGCUCAUGCUAUCUGGUGUUGGACCCAAACAGCAUCUCCAAGAUGUUGGUAUUCCUCUUGUUCAGGAUUUGGAAGUUGGUUCGGUUUUGCGACAACAUAGUAUGUACUAUGGUCUCACAUUUUCUAGUAACUUGUCGGCUCCUGCACGCCCUUUCAAAGACUACAUAGAUGAAUAUUUGAAUGGGUACGGCCCCUUGACAUCGAACGGACCUAACUCUGGUGUGGGUUUCUAUCAAACUCCUCUAGAAAAGACCCCGAACUAUCCUGACUUGGAAUUGAUGUUUUUUCCUGCGAACUCUACGGCUACCAAUCUUAAGUGGCUAUCUUCGUUAAAUCAAGAAACUUACGAAGCAACCUGGAAACACACUGAUGUGACCAGCAGUUUUUUGAUAUACCCAGCAAAUUUACAUCAGUACUCAGUGGGUUCAGUCAGACUUGGUAGUUCGUCACCUUAUGAAUACCCCGUUGUGGAUACGAACUAUCUAUCAGAUCCCGAUGACCAUGAUAUUAAUGUUUUAUAUGAAGGAAUUAAACUUUCUUUGGCACUCAUUGAAACGAAACCAUUCCGAAGAAUCAAUGCGACACUUCAAGUGAAGCCUCUACCAGCUUGUAAGGAAUUUGAGGCGUUCUCGAAGGAUUACUGGUUCUGCACCUUGAGACACUUAACUUUCGAUGUUUUUCAUCCUAUGAGCACUUGUCAAAUGGGUCCUGACCCUAAGAAAGGAGCUGUCGUCAAUCAUUUAGCUAAAGUUCACGGACUGAUGAAUGUCAGAGUGGCUGACGCCAGUAUAUUUCCUUUCACAAUCUCUGGACAUACCAGUGCGCCUUGUGUUAUGAUUGGAGAAAAAGUAUCUGAUCUCAUCAAGCUUGAUUACAUAUCAAAAUUCAGAAAGUAAUUAUGUUGAAAAUUUACUGUACUUGUAAAUAUAAUAUAGAGUUCAAUUUUUAAUUCAAGUUUGAAUUUUCAACUUCAAUGUGGAGUUGACAAUGUCAGGGCCUUAUUUUCAAAUCAAGUGAUCCGAUUUUUCUCUCAAUGUGAAAGUUCACUUGAUUCGAAAAUAAUGAUGAUAAUGAGCGAAAGAUGUUUUAGACAUUUAUUAAAAUGAUGAGUUUUUGAUCUGUUAUGGUACAUUGAACCUUAUCCAUUACACCAUUUUUUUUAAAACGUCAUUUGAUGUAUGUGUUUUCAUAUAAUUAUUUUGUAUACGUUGUUAAAAGAUUCUUUUAACAUUUACAUUUUUGUCAAGUAUUUUCUACGUUUUCUUAUGGUAUUUUUAGUCUGGCCUCAUUUUUAGAACAAAAUAACUUAUUCAGGAGUUCGCAGUUUGGAUUUAAAAUGCGGAAAAAUACUGCUGGGGCAGUUUUUGAGCUAGCCAAUUUCAUAGGAGAGGGAUUCGAAGACAAAAUAUCAACCUUGGCAGUAUUUGUUGAUCUGAGUAAAGCUUUCGAUACUAUGGUCUCAGAGGUAUAUCUCUUGAUUUGAUGCGAUCUUAUAUGACAAAUCGAACACAAUCUGUGUACCAUGACAAUAAAUUCAGUAAACAAUCCCCAAUAAAAUAUGGAGUACCACAAGGCAGUAUUCUUGGACCCUUGCUGUUUCUUAUAUAUAUAAACGAUUUGCCCUCUUCAAUUAAUAUGAAGACUAUCUUAUAUGCCGACGAUACAACAUUUUAUACGAGGGUAAGACAAGGGGAGGAAACCACCGUUAUCCAGGACAUAACUGAGUCAGCUAAUGAUUGGUUCAACGCAAAUAAAUUACAAAUCAAUAAAGCGAAAACUCACACAGACAAUCUUUCGAGUAGGUUAUCUAAGGCCAUUUAUGCUAUUAGACAAGUUAAAAUUAAUUUAGGUAGGGAAGCGGCUAUCAUGACAUACUAUUCACUAUUUCAUAAUGUUAUGACAUAUGGAUUAUUAAAUUGGGGACACUCUACCUACUUACAGCCUAUUUUUUUACUCCAAAAAAGAGCAAUUAGAGCAGUUGUGGGUUUAAACAGAUUGGAAAGUUGUAAGCCGUGGUUUGUACAGCUAGGUAUUUUGACGUUACCUUCAUCAGUCAUAUAUACUAACUUGGUAUUCAUAAAAGAAAAUAUCAGCAACUAUCAGACACUUCGUGAUAAUCAUAAUUAUAAUACAAGAAAUAGAGACAACCUGCUGAUUCCACAACAUAAAUUAGCAAGUACUAGUCGCAAUUAUCUAGGAAUGAGACUGUUCAAUAAAUUAACUAUUGAAAUGAAAGAUACACACCUGGAAAUAUUCAAAAAGAAACUGAAGAGUAUUCUGUUGAGAAAAGCCCACUACGAAGUAAAUGAUUUCGAAUUGUCCUAAGUUAAUUUGAAUUACAAUUCCUGUUAUUUUUUCAUUCUUUUGGUUAAAUUUGUUUCAAAUUAUUACAUAAUACUCCUAACUCUUAUUUAUAAAUAUGACUUACAGAUUUGUUAAUAAUCUAUAUGGACCUUAAUAUGUUUAUGUUUCACUUUUAAAUUUUGUUUCAUAUGUCAUGUGUUAGUAAUCAUGUUGUAAUUUUACAUUGUAAAUAAUUUAUAAUUUACAAUUUUAUAUAUGUCAUAUAUGUGUAUUUUAUGUGACUUGUCCAGACACCAUGGUGUACUUGUGAUCAAUAAAACAAAUAAAAAUAAAUAAAUAAAAAAUAAACGUUUUCUGAUAUAAGUUUCAAUUGUAUAAAAUGAAAACUUCAAUAAAUCUACUCAUCUAUCUACCUAUA